CAUGACACGAAUUGUGUGUCAGAAUCUGCAUUUCUCACGCCUUUCAGCUUCUGUUGUCUUUCCUUGUUGACUCGUCUCUCAUUUCUCCUGCUUCUGAAAUUCAACUCCAAUGGCGACGAAGGGCCCAGAAUCUGUUUACGAGAUAACCAUUGAGGAUGCAAAGGGGGACAGCUUCGAACUCAGUCAAUACAAAGGCAAAGUCCUUUUAAUUGUCAAUGUUGCUUCCAAAUGUGGGAUGACCAACUCAAACUACACGGAAUUGAAUGAGCUUUACAACAAGUACAAAGACAAAGGUCUAGAGAUUCUGGCAUUUCCAUGUAACCAAUUCGGAGAAGAGGAACCGGGAACUACUGACCAAAUUACCGACUUUGUCUGUACUCGCUUCAAAUCUGAAUUCCCCAUUUUCAACAAGAUUGAAGUGAAUGGAGAGAAUGCUUCUCCUCUUUAUAAGUUCUUAAAGAAAGGCAAAUGGGGAAUCUUCGGCGACGACAUUCAGUGGAACUUUGCUAAGUUUCUUGUUGACAAAACUGGUCAAGCCGUCGAACGUUAUUAUCCAACUACUUCUCCUCUUACACUUGAGCAUGACAUAAAGAAGCUUCUGAAUAUCUCCUAAAAUGGUGGAGAUUUGUUUCUGAAUCGCCUGUGUUGCUAACUGCAUUUUGAUCAUGAACUUCUCAUGUAAUAAAACGAACGAUGACAUUGACUUUGAUUUAAAUUCGUUCCGCUUUUGUUUCAUAUAUCCAAACCAGUU